AUGGCUGUUUCGCCCAUCGCAUACAUUCUGCGAGCCGUGGGUUUGGAGAUUGUCAACACCUUUUGCCGACACGCCUCAGGAUUUCGCAAAGCAGAGAAACCCAAAGUGGUACUUCACAAGUCCUUCUGGAUUGCAUUGAGCCGCUCGGCCGUACACAUACUUCCUUUGUCCGUCUUCGCGAUACUGAUAUACAUCAAUUACACGACUCUCUACAUCGGCCCAUCAUUUCAGGCGUCAGGACAGGAUGACGAAGUCUUCGUUGCUGCUAUUCAGGUUGCGGCAAAAGCGCAGGAACUCCUUUGCGUAGCAAGCCUAGCCGCUAUCGUGCUUCAGGCCCUUAGACGAGAGUUGUUAGGUGAUGGGAUUCCAAUUGGCUUACUAGGUGCUGGCAUCUGGUUCGCUUCCCCAAGCUCAUUCUGGUCGCCAUCUUUCCUCGCCGCAAUCCCUUGGAGUUUCAAAAACAUUCAUCGAUGCCGCUUUUACCUGCUACUUAUCAUUGCUGGAGGGCUCGCCGCUGUCAUUGGGCCAGCUUCAGCAGUGCUCAUGCUGCCGAGACAGCAGAACCUUCCGACUGCGCGGGCGAGUUUCUACCUCAAUGGAGCUAUGGAAGAAGUCUUUCCGCAUGUUGUCAGCUCAGAAUCGGAGCUCGCAAUCUGCAAUCUACCAAAUGCGACAUCUUAUGCUGUUUGUCCCAGCGGUGGCUACGAGUCUCUAUUGCAUAACUUCAAGACAUCUGUGCGAAACCACACAAACAUGUGUGGAAACAAUCAUGGCCAACGUACAGGCCAGCAGUGGAUACCAGAGUGCCAGGCAAAGGGCGUCGUUGGAUGGCGUAUGUGGAAGAACAUGAUGGUAACAAGCCCACACAACCUCAUACCCGCUGUUCUUUCAAGCAUUUUGAUGAUGGGAGAUUCGGUACCGAAAGUACAGACUGUGGUCACGCAGCCUCAUGCAGCGACCGUUAUAGCAACAAGGCGCCUGGUGCAAGAAUAUACAGAACGAGUGGAUAAGGGCAGCCCGAAUCUGUGGAGGGACUACAAAUGGUCAUACGAUCUCACUACUUCCGGUUCUGCGACCAAUCCGUGGGCAAGGGUACGAUGCACAGUAGGCAGGAAUCUGACUGCUAAUGCGACCGAGACCGGGUUUCCGUACUUGCACAGGAGUGGUAAAACUGACACGACAUUCAAAGCGAAGGACUACAGAUUCGUGAACAUUGCGGCACUCGAUCAUAAUAUCUCUGGCCACUUACGGACGCAGUGGGUGUCUCUUCCAGCAGAGGAAUUUGGAGAUGUUGAGGCAGGACUGACCACAGCGGGACUGCUGGUGGAGUUGCCAUGGACUAACAACGAAACUCGCGUGGCAUUUGGAUGCGCAAUUGCAACGUCGUGGCACAAUAACACAGUAACAUCCGAUCGAAGUGCCAACUACAAUGCCUACAGUGCUCUCAUCACUGGUAUGGAAUGGUCUUGGAACUAUCCUGGAUUGGUCGACUCUUCAGAUUCUCUGCUGACGAAUCGACCUUUCACGCUUGACCACAGCUGGCUCAAACUUCUGACGCCAAAGCUACCCGUGCGAUCUGGUGGCGAGGAAUCCUCUUUGAAUACGCUGGAGAGCAUUUUUACAGAAGUAGGUAUCGCUGGAGUCGUGUCAACUAUGCGCACUCAGCCAUCCAUCUACUGGGACGGAAAGAUAAAGCGCUGCGUGUAUGGCAUGAGAGAGAGCUCGGGCGAGACAGAUACCCAGCUCUGGAACGCAGAUGAUUGUGGCAAUGGUGCUCGAGAGUAUGUCCAGCUCAUUCUUGCCUCAGUCGUCGCCGAUGGCGUCUCUCGUUUCGGCAGCCAUCGUGCGUUCGACAAUACCGACCAAGAUUUGCGAUACUGGUCAACACGAAUACCAUCGACAUUUAACUCUUCUCUGCUAUUCGCAGAUCGACCAAAGACGUACAAAGAGUUUCCCUCGCAAUGGCUAUCAAUUUAUGCCGUUGGGUGGGCCUUUCACGCCUCGAAAACGACCGACUACCUAGCACUGGGUGUUGUGUGCAUCUACAUGGCUCUUGCUACUGCUCAUAUCUUCUGGCUCCUCUAUUGGGGCAAUUGGGUAUCGUCUGGUGCUUGGGAUACCGUGACGGAGCUCUUGGUACUUUGUCAGAACUCGCCGCCAUCUGUGCCAUCGGAGCUGGAGAACACCUCGGCAGGUCUGCAUCGCCUGAGAACCUACGCAAAGCUUGUUAAAGUGCGUGCGACGAAUGAAGACGGAGAGUCGCACGAGCACAAUUGCGCCAAGCUGGUGCUGGUGGAAGACAACUCCGCCGCUCGCGAAAGUGAAGCUUAUGCUACAGUGAAGCCUGCCCUGCUCAAAGUCAUGCCUUGCGCAACUGUCGCUGCAUGCACAUCGAGGGAGAGUCUACAGAAGACAGUGACUUCACUGGAGAGGGUUAAGUACAACGUCAAGUACAGCUGA